AUGUUGCCGGAUAUGAAGGUUCUUAAAUACGACCUGCGCCUGGCGUUUGAGCCUCCGCAUGAUGAGCAAACACCGCUCGGCUUUCUUGGCGCUAAAUUAGUGUCGCCAGUCGAGGCUGGAAUAUAUCCAGCAAGCAAGGCACCUGGCGUCCUGCGUCGCCACCAAUUUGAUCGAUACGAUGACACGAUUCCACGUGUUAGUCACGGUGAUGGACGCUGGACAUCAGCGUUUUUAUUUGACGCAAAAGCUUUUUACGUUUUGAAGAGGCAUUUUGCAAUCACGUUACUCGAAGAAUUCAGUGUCAUGGCUUCGCGUAUGGAAUAUUUUCGCCUCCUCCUGCUACUCAAGAGCCUGAUACCAAGGAGUUUGAUGCGAUCGAGCACGCUAACCCACUCUCGGCGUGCGCAGGGUUCCUGA